UAACGAGCGGAAAUACGAGCCGGGUCAUAUUUUAUCGACGCGUAAACAGGCCCAAUCGGCGAUUCGGCGAUACACAUUUCCCCCUCACUUGAGAUCAUCACUCGGUUAUCGUUGCCCUUUUCUCCAAGCAAAGCAAAGCACAAACACAACAACUCACGUUUUCUCUCGUCCACCCUACCGUUCGAUUCGACCAAAGUCACCGUAAUUAUGCCGACAGUGAGUGUAAAAUGGCAAAAGGAGCUAUACCCGGGAGUUGAGAUAGAUACCACCCAGCCCCCAUAUGUUUUCAAAUGUCAGCUGUAUGACCUCACAGGGGUUCCACCUGAAAGGCAAAAGAUAAUGGUCAAAGGUGGAAUAUUAAAGGAUGACUCUGAUUGGUCCAAGUUGGGGAUAAAAGAGGGUCAAAAGUUAAUGAUGGUGGGAACUGCUGAUGAGAUUGUAAAGGCUCCAGAGAAGGGCCCUGUUUUCAUGGAAGAUCUUCCAGAAGAAGAACAAGUAGUUGCUGUGGGCCAUUCUGCCGGAUUAUUUAAUCUUGGAAAUACCUGCUACAUGAAUUCCACCAUGCAAUGUCUGCAUUCUGUUCCAGAGCUUAAAUCUGCGUUGAUUGAGUAUCCGCAGUCUGGCAGAAGCAAUGAUUUGGACCAGUCUUCUCAUCUCUUGACAGUUGCAACACGAGACUUAUUUAGUGAGCUUGAUAAGAAUGUUAAGCCGGUUGCACCAAUGCAGUUUUGGAUGGUAUUGCGUAAAAAGUAUCCUCAAUUUGGGCAGCUACACAAUGGCUCCUUUAUGCAACAGGAUGCUGAAGAAUGCUGGACACAGAUUUUGUACACUCUUUCUCAGGCCCUUAGAUCACCGAGUACCAGUUCAAAUGUUGAUACAGUGAAAGAACUUUUCGGCAUCGACCUUGUCAGCAGGGUGCAUUGUGCGGAAAGUGGUGAAGAAAGUAGAGAGGCGGAAACAAUUUAUGCUCUUAAAUGCCAUAUAUCACAUGAGGUGAAUCAUUUGCAUGAGGGGCUGAAGCAUGGGCUGAAAUCGGAGCUAGAAAAGGCUUCUCCUUCUUUGGGACGCAGUGCAGUUUACUUGAAGGAUUCUCGCAUUAAUGGAUUGCCAAAGUACUUGACUAUUCAGUUUGUACGCUUCUUCUGGAAGAGGGAAUCUAAUCAGAAGGCAAAGAUUUUGAGGAAAGUGGAUUAUCCGUUGGAAUUGGAUAUUUUUGAUCUUUGUUCAGAUGAUCUUCGCAAAAAGCUGGAAACUCCUCGUCAGAUGUUAAGAGAGGAGGAUGGUAGAAAGGCUGGUUUGAAACUUAAACAAAAGGGCUCUGCUUCAGUGGACAGUGAUGUAAAGAUGUCUGAUGCAGAGGGACUGUCAAAUGAAAGCGAGGAGUCAUCCAAAGCUACUCUAGGAGAAGGUGCUUCUUCUGCUAAGAAUGUCCAGUUGACUGGAGUGUAUGAUUUGGUAGCUGUGCUGACCCAUAAAGGCAGAAGUGCAGAUUCAGGCCAUUAUGUUGCUUGGGUCAAGCAAGAAAAUGGAAAAUGGGUUCAGUUCGAUGACGAUAAUCCGAUCCCACAAAGGGAAGAAGAUAUAACAAAACUUUCUGGAGGAGGCGAUUGGCAUAUGGCUUACAUUUGCAUGUACAAGGCUCGCACCAUUCCCAUGUAAUGGAAUUGUUUUCUGUUAUAAUUGUGUACCUUGAUUAUGGAACUGUGAUUUAGAAGAGAGUGAGGAACUAAUGAACGAUUUCGAUUUCACAAUUGUGUUUGAUUAUGUGCUUUAAAUUUUGUUUAGUGAAAUGGAAAAUAUACGCACCUUGUUGUACAAUAUCGGGGAUAUGAUCUGCAAUAGGCAAGUUGAUUUA